AUGAAUAAUAAGGCACAGAGGCGCUGGGACGAGGUGUGGGGCAUAAUGCAGACACCCACACCAAAGGUAAUGGACCGGGAAUCCAAUUUAAGGAUUACAAAUGCUGACGCACAGCGAAUGAAGGAAGCAGGUAUUAUUUGUACAGCUUCUUCGCACCCAACCGCAGGUUGGGUGGUACCCUUUACGGUGGUAGAGGAAAAACCGUCAGGGAAGCGACGAAGAUUUAUUGCUUGGCCGAAGGGAAAGAAUGCCCAGGAUGACUACGAGGCCGAUGUUCCUCUGGAACACAUUUCCCGAUACCUGGAUGUGGUAUACGAUGAAACGGCAACGUUAUUUGAUUUAAAAGCAUCCUUCUUCCAGGUGGCCUUACCGCGCAACAUAAGGGCAAGUUUCCGUUGCCGCACGGAAUCAGGCGAACUCGUCGAAUUCGCACGCCUUCCCAUGGGAUAUAAAUGUAGUCCGGAAAUAGUAAACACCAUUACAAGAGUUCUGGCAGGUGAUCCUGCCAUGGUAAAGCCACAGUACGCGGCACCCAAGCAAUUAAAAAUACACGUUUGGAUUGAUAACAUCCGAAUAAGUGGUCCACAUGACAAGGUGGAAAAUUGGGGACACCAAAUUGCGCAUAACAUGCAACACUGCGGGGUCACGAUUGGGGAACAACACCUCAAAACCAAGGAAUAUGAUUUCAUUGGAGUACAUUUUAAUCACAAAGAUCACACGGUUUCUUUAAGUGCCAAGACUAUAAGAAGAUUGAAAGAGGCAACAUCUUUGGAAAAGACGACGGUUGAACAAUUAGAGAGUACAGUUUCGCGUAUGAUGUGCGCAGGAGGGGUAAGGGGUGAAUCCCUUUUCCCUUAUUAUUUCUUCUUAAAAAUCGUACGCCGACGGUUGUCUCGUUUAAAUCGAGGUUUAAUAAGGCCACAAGACCCGGCACAUUUAUCUUCCACGGCAAAGUCCAUAGGGCACAACUGGCUCAAAACAUUAUUAAUGAACAAACCGGUUCAUCCUCCACAAAAGUUGCCCUCCACGGCAACACUCGUCACAGACGCAUCUAUGUACGGAUGGGGAGCGUUAUUAUUCAAAGAUUCAGGAGAAGUUUUGGCGGCAGGGGGUGCGUGGGAGCAUACACCUCACAUGAUAUCUCAAGCAAAGGCGCGUGCCGUUCAUCUCGCUUUACGAGGAUUUAAACCGCAUUUGACGGGUCCAUUGGAUAUUCGCGUGGACAAUACAACCGUCAUGCAUAUUAUGAAAAAAGGAAACACACAUUCACAAGCUUUAGUGAAGGAAGCUGACGCCAUUGAUAAAGUUCUUCGCUUACACGGAAUACGAGCAACGUGGAGCUACGUAGCUUCAGAGCAGAACCCUGCGGAUGGCUUAUCUCGAGGUAAACCAGUCCACUCAGUAGACUUAGCGACGGGGUGGAACUUGCGAUGGGGAGAGCGGGGGGCGGGAUAA